AUGCCAUAUAUUCAAAGUGGAAGUUACAAUGCCAAGACUAAAAAGAUUGAAAUAAAUGUUCGCUAUUCUGGAGGUUGCGCUAAACACAAAUUUCGUCUAAAAGUCGAUACGUGUCGAGAGAGCUAUCCUGUUCAAUGUGAUGCCACAUUGAUUGAUCUUACAACAGGCGAUUUUUGCAAAGCACUCAUUCAUCGCAAGAUCUCAAUUAGCCUUCAUGAAGCUGGUUUGGACAAUAAUUAUUACAAAGGUGCUUCGAUUCGAAUUCGUGGCGCCGAUUUAGCAUCUGUUGAUGAAACCAUUAGUUUGAAUUAUGAGGAAGAUGAUAUUCGAUUAUGUACAAUGCAACGUGCUAUAUCAGAACAAAAGCUAGGCUUCUUUUCAUGCUAUCAUCGAAAAGAACGUUUUCAUUAUGUCAAAUUUUAUGGUGAUUGGAAAUCAAGAUCUGAGUUCACUCUACCACGGCAAUUAAUUUGUGAUGUGUUCUCCAAUAAAUUUCCAUCUCUUCGUUAUGUUAAUAUGAGUUGUAUCGAUGAGUCCACCUAUAAUUUAUGGACUACAUCACCUUCUCUUCAAUAUGUAUCAAUUCUUUCUUGUAAACUAAUGUCUAUUCCAUCCAUUCUUGCUGCAUGUCCUAAUCUUCAUCAUCUUCAAGUUCGUCUUUUGUAUAACAAUGAUAAUAUUAUCACAUUGUCUUCGCCAGUUAAUCAUUCACUUCGACGACUAACUCUUUGGAGUAAUUAUACUGAACUCACUUUCAAUGAUAUUGACAAUAUUCUUACUUAUACACCCAACCUUGAACAUUUGUAUUUGCAAACAGUAUAUCAUAUGCCGUUUAUCCAUUUAGCAAAUGGUCUGAUCAAUCGACUGCAUCAUUUAUCUCGAUUUGAUUGUUAUAUUAGAGAAAUAUUGCCUAGAGAUAAUCCAAUUGGUAAUUUAACAAGUAUACAUCAAAUGCAUCCUUGUUUCGAUCGAAUUAAAUGUGUAAAAGAAAAUGACAAAGUGCGAAUAUUUGCUACUGAAAUUUGGGGUAUCAUCAAUCUACCUAUUGAUAAUUAUUCAUUUCUCUUUCGUGUGAAUAGUCCAAAGAAUGUUCAACGUUCAUUUGCUCUCGAUAACAUUGCUAUUAAUUUAUGUGAUGAUCCUCCUACUGAAUUAACUAUGUGUGAUAUGAUUAACAAGCAUGACGAUUCUUCAUCUAUGUUUAAUUUUACUGUAGUGACUGGUAAUCGAGAAUUUGGUUCAACUCGAGAUCAUACUUCUACUUCAUCAUCAGGUAGCUUUCUCUAUUAG